GAAGCGUGAACCGCUAGCAACACCAACACAGCAAUACCAAGCUAGCUAUCAAAGUUUAUGCAGCUCUUCGCUUCCGUCUCAGAGAUUUAUUUACUGAUUAGUGUCAUUGUGGUUUUCUCCUCGGCGCGAUGGGGGUUCCGAAGUUCUACAGAUGGAUCUCAGAGCGAUAUCCGUGUCUGAGUGAAGUUGUGAAGGAGCACCAGAUCCCGGAGUUUGAUAAUCUGUACCUGGACAUGAACGGGAUCAUCCACCAGUGCUCGCACCCCAACGACGAGGAUGUGCACUUCCGCAUCACCGAGGAGAAGAUCUUCGCUGACAUCUUCCACUACCUCGAAGUGCUCUUUCGUAUCAUCAAGCCCAGGAAGGUGUUCUUCAUGGCUGUGGACGGAGUCGCUCCGAGAGCCAAAAUGAACCAGCAGCGCGGCAGGAGAUUCAGAUCGGCGAAGGAAGCAGAGGAAAAGAUAAAGAAGGCUCUGGAGAAGGGCGAGGUUUUACCCACAGAGGCUCGAUUCGACUCCAACUGCAUCACACCUGGUACUGAGUUCAUGGUCCGGCUUCAGGAGCAGCUGAAAUACUUUGUGCAGAAAAAGAUAUCCACAGACCGAAUGUGGCAGGGAGUGAGAGUGUAUCUGUCAGGUCACGAGACCCCAGGAGAAGGAGAGCACAAGAUCAUGGAGUUUAUCCGGUCCGAAAUCGCCAGACCGGGCCACGAUUCUAACACACGACACUGUCUGUACGGCCUGGAUGCUGAUCUGAUAAUGCUGGGUCUGACGAGUCACGAGCCUCACUUCUCUCUGCUCAGGGAGGAGGUACGCUUCGGGGGGAAAAAGAAUCAGAAGAGAAUAACGGCUCCAGAAGAGACGACGUUCCACCUUCUCCAUCUAUCCCUCAUGAGGGAGUACAUCGACUAUGAGUUUUCUCCUCUGAGGGAGAGAAUCUCUUUUGAAUAUGAUCUGGAGCGGAUUAUAGACGACUGGAUCCUGAUGGGCUUCCUGGUGGGGAACGACUUCAUCCCUCACCUGCCUCACCUGCACAUUAACCAGGACGCUCUGCCCCUGCUGUACAGAACAUACAUCACCGUCCUGCCCACACUCGAGGGAUACCUGAAUGAGAACGGUUAUCUAAAUCUGGCUCACUUUGAGAAGUAUCUCGAGAAACUGGCAGAGUUUGACCGCGAGCAUUUCAAUGAGGUAUUUGUGGACCUCAAGUGGUUCGAGAGCAAAGUGGGGAACAAAUACGUGAAUGAAGCGGCGGGUCUGGCAGCAGAGGAGGAGCUGAGCAAACAAGGCAGGGGGAACAAGAUGUUUAAAGACACUCUUAGUCUGGCAGCUCUGGAUGGAGACAAAGACUUGCCCUGUUCUACAGGAAGAGAUGCACCAGAAGGUGGUGAGGAAGACGACGAGGACAUGUUUGAAACGGAGUUCCGGCAGUAUAAGAGAACGUACUACAUGACCAAGAUGGACGUAGAGGUGGUCUCUGAUGAGUUUUUGGCCGGUCAGGCUCGCUGCUACGUGGAGGGAAUCCAGUGGAUCUUACAUUAUUACUAUCACGGAGUUCAGUCCUGGAGCUGGUAUUACCCUUAUCACUACGCACCUUUCCUCUCUGAUGUGAGGAACAUCGCUGACCUCAAGCUGACCUUUGAUCUGGGAAAACCCUUCAUGCCCUUUGAACAGCUGCUGGGGGUUUUACCUUCGGCAAGUAAAGACCUGCUGCCUAUAUGCUACCAGCACCUGAUGACGUCUCCAGACUCUCCAAUUAUUGAGUAUUACCCUGUGGACUUUAAGACGGACCUGAACGGGAAGCAGCAGGAGUGGGAGGCCGUGGUCCUAAUCCCCUUCAUCGAUGAGAACCGGUUGCUGGCAGCCAUGGCCCCCUGCAGUCUGAGUAAAUCAGAGCGAGCGAGAAACACACACAGCGAGUGUGCAGUGUACUGCUACGACAAAGAGCUCGACUUCCACCUCGUAUCACCACUGCCUGAGGUUUUCCCUGAUGUUACACACUGUCAUGCCAGGUCAAUGGCUGUGCCCAUGGACGCCUGGCGAGUGUCUCUGGACGUCGUCAGACGCAGAAUUGAUCGGAGCAGCCUGUAUUUCUGCGGCUUUCCCACUUUACAGCACAUCCAACAUAAAUUUUAUAAGAAGAAGAGCGGCGUGGUCGUGUUCCAGCAGAGCAGCCGAGGAGAAAACAUGAUGCUGGAGAUUCUACCCAGCCAGCAGGAGGAGCUGGUUUUGGAGGACGUCGCGUCGCUCGUGUUGGGGAAGAGCGUGUUCGUGAACUGGCCUCACCUGGAGGAGGCGCGUGUGGUCGCCGUGUCAGACGGAGAGGCAAAGUUUUACCUGGAGGAGGCACCAGGAGUGCAGAAGCUGUACGAGGACACGCCCCCUCCUGUUAAAGUGGUGUAUCUGAGCGAUAAAGAGCACAAGGACUGGAUUAAAGAGUUGCAGGGCAUCACUGAACACCACUCUAAGCGUAAAGGCGUGGUGAUAAACGUAACGUCGGUGCUCCUCUAUGCUCAGCUCCUCACAGGCAGGAAGUACAUCAUCUCCCCGAGCGGUCAGGUCCACCUGGAGAAACAGUGGGCCAAACAGAUCCUGCCCUUCGCUUACCAAACCAUCGUUAAGGACAUCAAAGCCUUCGACUCGUCCUUGUCUCGGUUUAAAACGCUGGAGGAGCUUUUCCCCGUCUCCACCACCGUCUUCAUGGUGGGAAACCCGUAUUACGGAGCGAUGGGAGAGGUGCAAGAUUCGAGUGAUGUCAUCAGCGAGGGACGUAUACGCGUGGUCUUCACUGUGCCGUGUGAACCGCACCUCGAUGCCUUAAUUCAGAACCAGCAUAAAUACUCCAUAAAGUACAGUCCUGGGUACGUCCUGGCCUCCCGCCUCGGCAUCACCAGCUACCUCGUCUCCAGGUUCUCCGGGAGCAUCUUCAUCGGGAGAGGAUCCAAGAAGAAUCCACACGGUGAGCAAAAAGCCAACGUGGGUCUGAAUCUAAAGUUCAACAAGAAAAACGAGGAGGUUCCAGGCUACACUAAGAGAACGGAGAAGGAGUGGUUGUACUCCGCUGCUGUAGAGGAGCUGUUAGCUGAGUAUCUGGAGCGCUUCUCCGAGGUGUUCGACUACGUGUCCAGGAACAGCUACGACGAUUUGUUUUAUGAGGAUGAUAUCUGGCCAGGAGAAGAUGAGAAUGGUGCUGAGAGGGUUCAGGAAAUCACCACCUGGCUGAAGACACAUCCUGUUAGCUCCUCCUCCAGAGCAUCAUGUGACUUACAGAUUCUGGACGUAGGCAUCGUGGGGAAGAUUGAGGAAGAGCUGGAGAAAGCAAAGCUGAAGAAGAGCAACAAAAAAGUGCGAGUCACAGUGAAACCUCACCUGGUGUUCAGGCCCCUGGAGCAGCAUCACGGUGUAGUUCCUGACCCUGAUGCUGAGUAUCACCUGUUCGACCGCAUCGUUAACGUCAGGGAGAACUUCUCGGUUCCUCUCGGCCUCAGAGGAACCAUCAUCGGCAUCAAAGGAGCUGAACGAGAGGCUGAAGUUCUGUAUGAGGUUCUGUUUGAUGAGGAGUUUGCAGGAGGACUCACUAUCAGAUGCUCUCCAGGUCGGGGUUACAGGGUUCCUCCAUGUGCCUUAAUCAAUCUGAGCCACGGAACCCGUCAGGAGCAGAACCCUCACAAACUCACUGCCGUCGUCAAACCACAGCCUUCUUCCUCUUCCUCAUCACACACACACAAACAUCAGCUGGACGGCCUGAACCACUCACCACGAUCACCAUUUAAACCCACACAGCAGAACAGCAGGCAGGCUCACAGAACUGACACUCAGGGAAACAGAAACUCUCCUCAAAAAGGCCUGAACCAAAAAACACAACAGAAGGGCUCUGGGAAUAAGGAGGAAGAGUUUAACAACGUGUGGCAGUCUCAAUCUUUAGGACUGCCUCAAAAACCACCAGCCCACUGGCAGAACCAUGGGCAGCCAGCCAACAUCAGACUACUGAAGAGGAAUGAAGAUUUAAAUUCCAUUUCUCCUCAGAAGCCUUCCAACAAGGUAUCUACUGAUCUCCACGCCGGGGUCACCCCAGAGUUUCAGGAGCUCAUAGCCAAUCUGAAGGUCUCAAAGGGAGCUGAAGCUCCGGUUCAAUCCUCUCCGGUGAGGAGACCUGCUGAUGAGGAGGAGAAGCCGCUGUCUCCUCAGUCCUUCGCCAUGAUGGGAACCAUGAUGCUGAAGGAGAUGUUGAAGAUCGACAGUUCGGCAACCACGUGCUCCACCCCUGACUCCGCCCCCAUGAAUGCAUCCUCCAAUCCCGGAGCUCAGCAGCAGAACAGGAGACGCAGUUCUAAGAAACUGGCGGCCAGGAUGAACUCUGCUCAGGGUGAACCUCCGGCUUCCCCUCUCCUGCCCUGCAUGGCUGCUGAACUGAGCAGAGUGUGUGUGGGACUGAACAUGGGGCCACCUGAGUUCACCUUCUUACACAGACAGGGUCUGAUUAUAUGUCAGGUGAAAUUGUCUAAUGGUCUCCUGCUUCACGGUCCUCCGUGUCCGUCUGAAACUGAAGCUAAAGCGAAGGCAGCUCUGUUCACUUUACAGCGUUUGAACUCUGUGGGCUCGUUCCCCCUCGCUCCUCCUCCACUGUUCCCUGGAAUGCAGCCCAUGCGGCCGAUGGCUCCUCAUCCUCAGGUGUUCACGCAGCCUGCAGGUGGUCUUUUGAUGCCCCCUCAAGGUUUCGCUCCUCUGCCAUGGGGGGUGCAGUUUCCUCCUCAGGGGCAGCCGUUUUUCGGUGGGACGUUCCCUGGAGCUCGAGCGGCUCCGCCCCCUCCCCACGUCGGAUCUCACAACCAAUUCAUCCCACUACAGGUGACUAAGAAGAGAGUUUCGGGUCGGAAGAGCCAGGAAACGAGACCGGACUUUGGGAACGCCACUCGACCCGAAAACCCAGAAACCUCCUGCUCCGCUCACAAAACUCCUCCACCAAUCAGCACGCAGGAAUCCGAGAACCUACCAAAACAACCGCCAAAACUGACACACCCCCCAGGCUCCGCCUCCAAACGCAAGCACAGGAAGUUGGCGGUGAACUUCGAUGCCACUAAAGUCACGGACUGAAGCUCCGCCUCUUCUAGCGAUCAUUUUUUUUUUGUGGGCGGGGUGGGGGGGUUUAUCUUAUAGUCGUGCGUGAUGGGGUGAACCUGAGAUAAAGAUUCUCUCUCUCGGUUUUCCCUCUCCUUCUCUCCCUCCAUCCCUCCCUCUCUCAUCUGGCUUUAAUUUGCGCUCUUUAUUUGCAAUUAUUCUGCUUUUUUUUUCCGCCAGCAGUGGGUUUUUAAUUUUUCUUAAAUAUUUGAAGAUUUAUUUUUAUAAUCUCAGCACAUUCAAAAGAAAUUUAAUAUUCUCGUUCAGUUUGUUUUUAAUCAGCGAUCCUUAAACCCCCACAGGUCCGAUUGCGCAGUUACGGCCGAUCGGAUCGUAUUUCUGAUAACGCUGUUCCUCACCUCGUUCCUCACCUCGUUCCUGGAAUUCCACAAGGUCCAAACUCGUAGGAGUGAAGCAGCUUCGUGUCCAUGUGCAAGUUCUCGCUGGACUUUAUGCAAAUAAGUGUCCCGCUUAGCCAAUCAGGAGAGGGAAGAUUUGAGAAAAGGAAACGGAUGAAAUGCUGGAUGUGGACCUCGUCAUCGAGGAGAUUCGAGACGCUUCAUGGACAAUUUUCCACCAUUGUUCAAGCUGCUUUUUAUUUUUCAUUCGUCUGAUUUUACUUUCGAAUUUUGAAAAUACACCAACCAUAAAUGUAGCCUUAAAACUCUUAGUCUAGCCCCUCCCCCACUCCCCCAAUCUUCUUGUACACUAAUAUGAAGAACGUGGACCAUCUCAGUUCACUUCCUCCUCAUGGAUAUUGGCUCUUCCUCUAAAUCCUGAUCUGCUUCACUGUCAUUCAGCAUCGUCUACACUCACAUCUAAGCGUGGUGAGAGGACGUAGAGUUUCCAGUGUGAACACUGAGUAACUCAGUGAACAGGAAUCUCACAGGGAUUUUCUCUCUAAACAGCAGCACUUUUCAGAUUGGGUUUUAAACUGAACUUUUUUUGGGUUUUAAUUUUCUUUUUUUUAAGAGAACACCACUCUCUGUUCCCAGCAGCUCUGUGCUGUAGGGUCGAUCAUUUCAGUGACGUGCCACACCUCGAAUUCCAGCGUCUGUCUGUCUGUCUGUCUUUUUUUUUCCGAGCGGUAAAGACGACCGUGUGCAGUGUUAUUUUUUAAAUGAACUCGAGUAACAUUCGCUGAAGAAUUCGCCGCCGGGUUCCCGCUGUGGGAUGUGCUGUAUAUAGAUCUUUAAUAAACGCCUUUUGUUAUCAUAA